UUCGAGUGCAUAUUCUGAGAUGGCGGAGAGAGAGAGGGAGGCGGUUUCCGCCUCCCUUAGCCGCCUGCUGAGAACCUUGAGCUCGGCUUCGAUGAGCAGACGCCGUUGUCCCCUCGCCCUCCUGCAGCCUCUGCCCGUGCGUCAGAGCGAGAUGGCUAGCGUGGAGAGUGCGGAGAGAUGCUGCAGCAGCUGCAGCGAGGAUAGCAACAACAAUGGGCGCUCCAAGAGCGAAGAGAGGGAGACCGAGGCAGAGCUGGAAGCUGGCGAGGGGGGUGGCGAAGAAGAAGGAGAGGGAGAGGGAGAUGGAGAUGGGAUGCUGGAAUCCAAAUCCAAGGAGGAGCAGCAGGAGGCGGGAGAGGAGGAUGAGCUGGAGCUCAAGAGAGACGGUACCGUUAAUGUGAAUGUGGUGAGAGCCAACUUCAAAUGCAAUGACAUGGAAUGCUCUCUGGUCCUGGGUGACUAUGUCAAUGGCUUCCUUGGCAGUUUCCUAUCGAAGGGCCUGAAGACCAAUCAGCUGGUUGUGAACACGGAUGAGAAGACCCUGCGACCGAUUGCUCGACUGAAGGAACCGCGCGAUCUCUUCGCCCUGCCGAAGGACAAGGACAAUGACUGCUCACAGCAGGCCCCCAGAUGGCCGGUGGAAUGUCAGGUCAUCGAGGAGCGCAUCACACACAUUCCGUACGUGCCCGCUACGCCGGAGCCCCUCAAUGCUCCGACCGGAAACGAGCUAAAGCCACGGCCUGUGGGCGAGGAGAAUGGCAUCGUAGUGUUCAGUUACAGUCCAAUUAGCGCCGUCAACUACGAAAAGCCCAAGGCAAAGAAGGAGGAGGAUGAGUCCAGCGACGAAUCGGACUAUUCCUCGGAUUCCCGCCAGGACUCCACGCCCCCCAGCAGGGCCACGCCCAUGCGACUGGCGGGGGGCGGUGGCUGUGCCCGCGGCAAACUGAACAGCGUGUCCAAGAUGAUCAACAACGUGGACAAUCGAUCCACGAGUGCGUCCCUAGACGACAACGAUGACUACUACGAUGAUGAGUACGAUACCUCCGGCGGUCACGGUGAGGCCAAGGAGAAGGCCAUCAUUAAGGAUCUCAUCGAAGCGAAGAAGAAACGCUAUCAGGAACAGGCAGCGGUGGUCACUCCUGGCGGCGGUGGUACGGCCCGAAAUUCGAGAGCAGCCAGCCGUUCGGAGGCGAGCAAGGAUCCCAGCGAUAUUGAUGAUAUCUGGAAGAACAACACCAGCGAAUACAAGCCCGCUUCGCCGCGCUAUGUCCUCAGUCAGUUCGGAAAGAAUGUGGCCAAGGCGAUGAUCGACCGGAUCGUAGACUGUGAUGAUCCCUCACUGGUCCCCGCCUCGGGAUCCCAAAAGGUAUCGAACAAAUACGCCGUUGCCCCCGUCAAGUUGCCCAAAACGAAUAUAGCCCGCUUAGAGGUGGCCUUCGAGCGAAGUGCCCGCCAGAAUCGAUCCGCAGCUGUGGCACCCAAGUCGCGUUCCGGAAAGGGGAUUAGCAAGGGUGCGGUGGUGAAAAGGGAAAUGGCCAACGAUCGUCAUCGUCAUGGAGAUAGUACCUCCUCCGAAGAAACCAGUAGUUCGGGUGUGGGCGAAGAAGAAGAGGAAUCCGAAUCGGAAUCGGAAAAUUCGGGCAGUGGCGAUGGUUUGCACCGAAUUUUGGGUAGCAAUUCGGCCCGGCUAGCUGGUGGCGCCGAGAAGCGUCCGUGUCCCAGUUCCGGAUCGGUAUCGGAUACCGAAACUUUGGUGGGAGACGAGAGCAGGAGCAGACUGGCUGGCUCUGGUAGUCAGCAGCAGGAUAACAGUCGUAUCAAGAGCCGCCAGUCGCCCCCUUUACGAGCGAUACCCCACACCCAUGCGGCCACAGUGGCAGCAGCGGCGGCGUCGGCAGCGGCGCUCGCCAGAGGUCGCCAUCGCGACAAGGACGGUUGUCUAGGCGGCAAGGACGAAUCGGCCAGGGGAGGUGGCUAUGACAUGCCAAUGGGAAUGGGAGCGGGCACUACCACUGGCACCUCGAUGGGCACUCGCACCUCGUCCCCGGUCGGGAAUAACGUCUUCCGGCUGAGCAGGGAUCAGCAGCUGCUGCUGAAUUCAACAGCCAGCCAGGAGACGACCGGCACCCUUAACUCCUUUGCAAGUACUAACCAGACGACGACGACCACUUCGUCGCAAUCCUUUCUGUGCUCCGAUUUAACCCAAGCACAGUUUAGCCGAUCGGCCGUCGGUGGGGCCCGUUUCGUGACCAACUGCCAUCCAAUGAAUCCGGAGGAGUACGAUGGCCUGGAGUUCGAAUCGCGCUUCGAGAGCGGCAACCUGGCCAAGGCGGUCCAAAUCACGCCCACCUACUACGAGCUCUACCUGCGACCCGAUCUCUACACCAGCCGCUCGAAGCAGUGGUUUUACUUUCGUGUGCGACGCACCAGGCGCAAGAUGCUGUACCGCUUCUCGAUUGUCAAUCUGGUCAAGUCGGACAGCCUCUACAACGACGGGAUGCAGCCAGUUAUGUACUCCACGCUGGGCGCCAAGGAGAAGAGCGAGGGCUGGCGGAGAUGCGGGGCCAACAUCUGCUACUACCGGAAUGACGAUGAAAGUGCCAGCAAUAGCGCCAACGAGGACGACGAGGACAACUCGACGUACACACUGACCUUCACCAUCGAGUUCGAGCACGACGACGACACCGUGUUCUUCGCCCACAGCUAUCCGUACACCUACAGCGACCUGCAGGACUACCUCAUGGAGAUCCAGCGCCAUCCGGUCAAGUCGAAGUUCUGCAAGCUACGCCUGCUCUGCCGCACCUUGGCGGGAAAUAAUGUCUACUACCUGACCGUGACGGCACCCUCCUCCAACGAGGAGAACAUGCGGCGAAAGAAAUCGAUUGUGGUGUCGGCCCGUGUGCAUCCCAGUGAGACGCCUGCCUCGUGGAUGAUGAAGGGUCUGAUGGACUUCAUCACGGGAGACACUACGGUGGCCAAGCGGCUGCGGCAUAAGUUCAUUUUCAAGUUGGUGCCGAUGCUGAAUCCGGACGGAGUCAUUGUGGGCAACACCCGAAACUCGCUGACCGGCAAGGACCUCAACCGGCAGUAUCGCACGGUCAUCCGCGAGACAUAUCCAUCCAUUUGGUAUACCAAAGCCAUGAUUAGAAGACUGAUUGAGGAAUGCGGCGUGGCCAUGUACUGUGAUAUGCACGCUCACUCACGAAAGCACAACAUAUUCAUAUAUGGCUGUGAGAACAAACGCAACCCGGAGAAGAAGCUAACCGAGCAGGUCUUUCCGCUGAUGUUGCACAAGAACAGUGCGGAUCGGUUCUCCUUCGAGAGCUGCAAGUUCAAGAUCCAGCGCAGCAAGGAGGGCACCGGGCGUAUCGUGGUCUGGAUGCUGGGCAUCACCAACAGCUAUACGAUCGAGGCCUCCUUCGGUGGAUCCUCGUUGGGAUCGCGCAAGGGGACGCACUUCAACACGCAGGAUUACGAGCACAUGGGACGAGCAUUUUGUGAGACACUUUUGGACUACUGCGAUGAGAAUCCGAACAAAGUAAAGCGGCACGCAAAGUUGUUUAAACAAAUCAAAAAGAUAAGAAAACGCGAGAAACGCGAACAGAAAGCAUUGAAAUUACAGAAAAUGGCCGAUCAGAUUUUAAAUUUACUCAAACAACAGGACAGGCUACGAUCCAAAAUUAUCGAAAGACUGAUGCGAGAAGGCUCCAGUGCCGAUGAGCCAUUAAAUAUCCCUCUGUCGGAUUACUCAAGCGACGAGGGCAACUGCAGCUCGAGUUCGGAUAAUGAGGGCAAGCACUCGAUAACUGCCUCCGAUCUGGAGGGACCCUGUUGUGCCCCCACCCGAGCACCGCCCAGUUCGCCGGAGGUGAUCCACGAGAUCCGAAAGUUCCGCAUGCGACGCAUGCGCAAAGUGAUGCACGAGCUGGACAGGAUCUACUUUACGCCGCUGUUUCAGCGCAAAUUCAAAACACUGACCACCUUGAAACGGAGGCGUCACAAAAUGGGUCCUGUCAAGACGACUCCGACUGGGAAACGUCUGCGAGGAGGAGGAGCUGCUGGUGGUGGCACCACCAUUGGUGAUACCACUUCCGUGGCCACCAGUCAAACCGCAGCUUCAAUCAUAGAGACCAGUGCGACCCAACAGCCGAAUCCGGGUAGGCAGUUGGCCAGAAAGCCACCGGUAAAGAGAGGAGGCCAGCCGCCAGGAGCUCAGAGUUCCGAUAGUACCGAUAGCAUGGAUUCCUCGCAAUCUGAAUCCCAACGGGAUCCCGACUGCUCCAGUGCCAGCACCGGAAUCGGAUCAGCAAUUGGAUCAGGCACCGGAACAGGGACAGGAACCGGAACCGGAAAAGAGAGCGCCCGAAAGGUCAAGACAACCGGUGGCGGGGCCAAGAAAACGGGCAAAAAGAAAAAGUUUAUGCCCACGGAGAAAAGGAAGCCGGUGGUCAAUCAGAAAUUGCACGUAGAUCGAAAUUUCCGGCUGUGGCUGGCCAACCGGCGCAUCUACAUCUACCGCCGAAAGAAGUCCACGCAGGCGCGUCGCACCAAGGUGAGAAACAAGCCACCGAAGAAGCGCGGCGAGGUGGUGCGCACCACUCUGGACCUGCCCACGACGGAUCCCGGCUCGGAUCUGCACUUCUCCACCGACGACGAGGAGCACUCGCCGACGACCGGACAAAAUGGCUAUGGGGCAGUGGCUCCGCUUCGGCACACGCUGCUCCAGAGCGAUCUGCAGAGGCGGUACAUUGAGGAAAUUGGCGAUACGGUGGUCCAGAAACCGAAGGCGGCCCACAUGCCGCCAGAACUGAUCGUGACCACGCCCUCGAAGAGCGGCACUCCCGGUGGUGGCAAGAAGUUGGAUGUCUACAAGCUGACACCCCGCACUGCCCCCGAACUGGACACGGGUGGCCAUCACAUUGGCAUGAUGCAACGUCAGGCGGGCGGAACUGGGACAUCCGCCAGACGCACCUACUCGUGGCACAACCUCGAUCAGCAGGACAUACCCAGUGGGAGCCAUGGUGGUCAGGGCAAGGCGGCCAACUUCUACAUGGGCGAAUCGAAGCCAGCGAUGAAGGCGAUGACCAAGCCGCCACCCAGAAGGAGUGGUGUCCCGAGCAAUUUCAUUCCCCAAAGGCAGGGCAAUGUGCAAACGGCGGAUGACCUGCAGCUCAAGCUCUCGCUGAAGAAAAAAGUCUGGACAGGAGCGCACGGUGAUGCAGAUGGGCGUCCACUGGCCUGGUACAAGGGUCACUCGAUAGCAGGAUCCCAAAUGGCCAACACCACAACGGCCAUACGAAGCGCAGGCGGUGGUGGUGGAGGAGGAGGUGGAGGUGGUGGUGGCCAGAACCGAACCAUGUUCACUUCCAGUGGCAGGGAGCCACCGACAGCUGCCUCCGGUGGCAUCGCCAUGGGCGUCCCACCCGCCUUUAUGGGCGCACCACGCAAGCCCAGAAAACUGGAGCAAGUGGAUCUGUUCAAUGCAUGUUCCCAGAAGCUUCUUCUGUGGCAGCAACAGGAGGAGCACAAGCGCUCCCAGCCUCAGCAAGCGCAACGCUUGCUGAAGGUGGAGGAUCCGCAUCAGCAGACGCUACAUUCAAGGGAUCGUGACCGUGACCGUGACCGGGAGCAGCAAGCCUUCAAGCCCAUGCAUCUCGUUAGGAAGUCGGCGGGCACGAGUCAGGCCAAGGCCAUCCAGAAUCUGGUGGCAGGCGAAUCGGGUGGCAAGGUGAAGCGCAAGUCCAGCAGCAUGAUGAAGAUCGCGGAGACCACGCAGCUGGUGACACGAUUUGCCCGGAGUCGCAACAGCGCCGGAGGAUCCGCAAUGCAGCAGGUGCAGCAGCAGCAAUACAUGCAUCAGCAGCAGCACCAGCGCAUGAUGUUCAAGGGCCAGGGUGGAGCCGGUUCCGGAUCCGUGGCCGCUCGGAUGCACUCCGCCGGAGUGAUGGGUCACAUGCAGGGCAACGGCGGCGGCGGCGGAGGACGAGCACCCAACAAAUUCAAGACCGGCGGCCUGGUGAUCACGGCCGUCCAACAGCCGGCCAAUAUGCCAGGUGGUGGCAGCUCUCGGCGGAUGAGGAAUGCGGCCGGAUUGCAGGCCAAGAGCAGCACGGGCGCCCUGGGCUCCUCCUCCGGGCAAAUGCAGUAUCAACGCAGCAAUGGCACUGUCCAGGCCAACAAAUCCUCCACUGGCAUCUCGCUGGACACCGUGAAUCUGGUGCGGAAGGUGAAGACCAAGCUGAAGAAGCGCAAAUCCCGCACUUUGUCCAACGGAGCACCCAAGUAGUGCUCCCAACAGAUCCGGCAGAUAAACCCCCCACUACUUUCGUUCAAAAUUUUAGUCGAAUUAAAUCUCCCCUCCCAUCUUUGUUACGCAAAAGACGAUAAGGAAAUGAUUAGCUAAAUUAUCUAAAUAUUUGAUAGUUCUAUAGACCCUCUCUAUAUGCAUAUAUAUGUAAUCUCGAUCUCUGUACCUACAGUUAAUCCCUAAAAUAAUGUUGAAAGUCCUAGUGUG